AUCUCCUCCUCCCCUAUCUGUCACUCUCCUCUAUUGUCUUAGCAGCUCAGGCGAAGCAGCGAACGGCGCCGGCCAGCGAGCAGCCGCGAAAAUCAGCCGGCGACCGGGCGCUGCCUCCGAUCCGUUCUUCUCGCCAGCAAGCGAAGGCCGCGCCGGUCCAGAAGCAGCGCGAGGACAGCCCCGACUAGGCGAGCCUCUUUCUCUCUUCUCCUCCGCUCCAGUGAGGACGACAACAACAAACAUCAGCUCCAGCUUCUCUGACCAGCGAGCAGCCAACUCCGGCGAAGGCAAGGUAAUCACCGGCGAACCCCAUCGAAGACGACAACAACAACUGCGAGCCAGCGAGACCCUUGCAUCUCCAUUCCUCUCCUCUUCGGCGAAGUUCUAGUAAUCCAGGAAACUAGGAGUGAUCACGAUGGGACUUCUCAGCAUUAUCCGAAAGAUCAAGCGAAAAGAAAAGGAGAUGCGCAUCCUUAUGGUGGGUCUUGACAACUCUGGUAAGACAACAAUAGUGUUAAAAAUAAAUGGUGAAGACACAAGUGUCAUCAGUCCAACUCUUGGCUUCAACAUCAAAACCAUUACAUAUCAGAAGUAUACCCUCAAUAUAUGGGAUGUUGGGGGGCAGAAAACAAUACGGUCUUAUUGGAGAAACUAUUUUGAGCAAACUGAUGGCUUGGUGUGGGUUGUGGAUAGUUCUGAUCUGAGAAGGCUAGAUGACUGCAGAUACGAGCUACAUAAUCUUCUGAAGGAGGAGACUAAUAAGGAAAUAUUGCCAUGUAAAUUGGAACGGAGGGAGUAUUUCCAGUGGUCUAAAUGCAAAAUAAGGCUAUCAGGAGCAUCAUUAUUGAUUUUUGCAAAUAAGCAGGACAUACAAGGUGCUCUUUCUCCAGAUGAAAUAGCCAAAGUGCUUAAUCUGGAGGCUAUGGACAAUAGCAGGCACUGGAGAAUCGUAGGAUGUAGUGCAUACACAGGAGACGGGCUACUUGAGGGAUUUGAUUGGCUGGUACAAGACGUUGCAUCGCGAAUCUAUAUGCUUGAUUAAGUGAAGUUUACAUUAAGAUUUUGAUUCCUGCAAGAUGACAUUGUUAAAAUCUUUUGGAUAUACAACAUUUGUGCAUGUAAAGAUAAAGAAAAUCAUGUAAGGAGCACUUUACUAGCUACUGCUCAAAUUGACCAUUUGUGAGGAAAUUCUUUUAAUACCUUUCCCAAUAUGCCAGUCUUUUGUUGUAAUUGUAGCAGAUUGCACAAAAAAGUGACUGUCCUUAACCAAAUAAAUUCACAAAUUAAUAAUUUUUAUAAUA